AUGUACUCAAGGGACGGCGGCAUUGACACGUGCAUAUUUGAAAGAUCUAUUGGGUGGAAGGAAGUCUUUGCGGCGAUACUGCACGUGCAAGGCAUAUGUGGAGAAGAAACAGCUACGUUUGGUCGGCCGGAAAGCUGUUUGGUUGAUGUUUCUGAUAUUGCAGCAUUUCUAAAAGCUGUAACUUGGGGACAGAUUUGCAAAAGGCUUACUGCCCAUAUCCUUCAUGGAAGUGUUUAUUUAUGGCUUAAAGAUAACUUCGUUCAGCUUCUGAAGAAUAUCCCCGCCGGUCUUGCAUCAAGAACUUCUGUAGCGUGGCGAAGUGUGACCCCAGCUUCGUUCAUUGAACGAGUUCUACGCGAGGAGCGCCAACUACCUCUGAGUACUUCAUCUUCCUCGAUCACAAUGGAUGAAGAAUACGUUCCCACUGCGGAGGAGAAAGUCAUCUACAGCUCUGGGGACACCUCUUUACCACCCGACCUUCGAAUACUCCAUUUCAAUGAUGUCUACCAUAUCGAUGCAUCUUCUGCGGAGCCAGUAGGUGGUGUUGCUCGGUUUAAGACUUUGUGCAAUGAGUACCGCGGCGCUUCUAAGUUCGAGGGUCAGCCGGACCUGCUCACCUUCUUCUCUGGGGAUGCCUUCAAUCCAAGUUUGGAGAGUAGUGUCACUAAGGGAAGUCACAUGGUCCCGGUCUUAAACGAUAUUGGGACGGACGUUGCCUGUGUAGGGAAUCACGAUCUGGAUUUCGGUGUUCGACAGUUUAGACAUCUGGCGAAGCAGUGCUCUUUCCCAUGGCUUCUUGCGAACGUUAUCGAUCCAGCUCUGGGAGACGAUGUACCUCUCGGAAAUGCCCAGAAAACAGUAAUGCUAACAGCCUCGAACGGCAUCAAGAUUGGCGUAAUCGGCCUUGUCGAGCGCGAAUGGCUUGAUACUAUCAACUCCCUGCCACCCGAUCUGAUCUACAAAUCAGUCUCAGCGGUAGCAAAAGAGUUGGUGCCGGGUUUACGUGCUCAAGGAGCCGAGCUCAUCAUCGCCGUGACUCAUCAGAGAGAGCCAAACGACAACAAACUGGCGCAAAAGACUGAUGGCCUCAUCGAUAUUGUUCUGGGUGGCCAUGAUCACUUUUAUCAGCACAGCAUCGUCAAUGGCACACACGUGCUGCGGUCCGGUAGUGACUUCAAACAAUUAAGCUACAUCGAGGCUAGGCGUCAAGGGGGCGACAGCAAGAAAUGGGAUUUUCGUGUCGUCAGACGGGAUGCCAUGUCAAGCAUUGCAGAAGACGUUGACACCCUUAAAUUGACGGAAAAGUUGACGACAUCUCUGAAGUCAAAGUUGGGAAAGCCUUUGGGAUAUACUGUGGCUCCUUUGGAUGCAAGAUUCACAACAGUGCGGAUGAAGGAGUCGAACAUGGGUAACUUCAUCUGCGACCUGAUGCGGAGUCACUAUGGUGGCGACUGCUGCAUCAUGGCGUCCGGCACCAUACGCGGUGACCAAAUUUACCCACCAGGUGUGCUCAAGGUCCGAGAUAUCAUGAACUGUUUUCCCUUUGAAGAUCCAUGUGUUGUGAUCAAGGUCAGCGGCAAAGCCAUACUCGAGGCACUUGAGAACUCGGUUUCUCUCUACCCCGCGCUCGAAGGCCGGUUUCCUCAAGUUUCAAACAUCGAGUUUGAGUUUGAUCCGAGCAAGCCAGCCGAUUCACGCGUACAAUGGAUCAGGAUUGGUGGCCAGCCAAUCGAUCACGACAAGCUCUACACUCUAGUAACCCGUGGGUAUAUGGCUCGCGGCAAGGAUGGCUUCGACUCGCUACUCGUAAAGUCAGAGGGCGGGAAGGCUGAAGAGAUCGUCUCGGAAGAGAACGGAAUCCUGAUCAACAUGAUGAUCCGACAAUAUUUCAUGAGUCUGAAAAUCAUGGGGAAAUGGAAGAUGUGGGGAAAGUCCAUGGAGAAGCACUGGGAUGGGGUACAGAAGUCAAUGGACGCGACCACUCCGAUCGUGGAGCCACAUACACCUGUCCCGGGCUCAUCAAACCAGGGAUUUCCUGCGCUGCAAAGGAACGGUCCCGAGAGCAAAGUAGCUAAGCAAGCAGCCGAGGCAGCAGACGAUACCCUCGACGAUUCUGAUCCUGAGUCUGGCGCCGACGAGCCGACGCGUAGCGGGGUAGAUGCGGAGGGCCGCGAGCGCGAGGUCGAGCUGGCGAGAAAGAUUAUGAAGAAGUGGUGGCGUCUGGCACGCUUGCCCGGGCAGCCCAAGUGCUGUGACAAUAUGAAUGCAGAAGAGUUCAAGGUUGAUUGGACCAAGGCUAUUGCUCCGCGGUUAGAAGGUCGCAUCCGGAUCGUUUCCGAUGGAUCUAUCUGA